AUGAAAAAAUUUGUUUCAGCAUUGAAAGAAUUCGAAGAAGCAGCCGAAGAUUUUAUGGGUGAAGUGGAAUUCUUUGCCGUUGUUAAUUCUUAUGUAGGUUUCUGA